CAAACUAAUAACUGACAUCAGGAAUUAAAAAAAAACAAAAGAGAAUGUAUUAUUCGGUAAAGUUAUCCGAAAUGCCGCCUUGGACCGACCAAGGGGGUAGCAUUGCGGCCAUGUGUGGCAAGGAUUGUGUGAUCAUUGCCACGGACUAUCAUCCGGGAAGUUUCCAGAUUGACACACCACCUUCAGGCUUCAAGAAGCUGUUCAAGAUAAAUUCUAAAACAUUUCUGGGCCUCACUGGACUUCAGAUGGACAUCCUGGCUGUUCAUGAUCGUGCCAUGAAUCGCCACAAUCAAAAUGAAUUGAGUGAGUGUCGUGAAAUGAAUCCAAAAGAGUUCUCAAUUGUGGUCUCGAACAUGUUGUCCAAACAACGCUCGAAGCCAUACUAUGUGGAGUCAAUGGUGGCUGGUUUGGAACCCGAUUGGAAUGAUGGAACCCUAAAGCCUUAUAUAUGUUACAUGGACUGGAUUGGUUGUAGAAGGGAGGCCAAGAAUUUCUUGGUGUGUGGCACCAGUGCCUUACAGCUAAAUGGGAUAUGUACAUCUUUGUGGCGACCAAAUUUGUCAUCAGAUGAUCUCUUUAAAGUCAUCUCAAGUGCGUUACAUGUCGGCUUGUCUCGGGAUCGUACAACUCGAUUGGGUACUUCUGUAUUUAUGUAUCUCAUCGAGGCGGAUAAGAUUACGGAGCGUUUAGUGGAGUUGUGA